ACGUUCUGCGAUGUCUGAAGAUCAAACAGAGCAUGUGGCCGAGGUGUCCAUUAAGCAAUCAAGUUCUGUAGACGAAGACGGACUUGACAGAAAAACGUUGUUUGUGCGUUCCAUACCCUUUGAGGCUACAUCUGAAGAGUUGUCAGAGUUCUUUUCACAGUUUGUGCCAGUCAAGCACGCAGUCAUAGUCAAUGAUGAAAACCAGAAGUCCCGAGGUUUCGGUUUCGUCUCCUUCACACUUGACGACGACACUUUGACUGCUUUGGUGGAAGCCAGAAAAUCCAAGUUCAAGGGCCGUCUUCUCAGAGUUGAUAUUGCCAAAAGAAGAGAAAGAAAGGAUAGAAACGAGUUACCCUCUUCUUCACCAAGAAGUUCGGCAGCUCCAGUAGAAAAGAGAAGAGCCAGACUUAUCAUUCGUAACCUUCCAUGGUCUUGUAAGAAACCAGAUGUGUUGAAGAAGAUCUUCUCUAAUUUUGGAGCUGUUUUUGAUGCAUACAUUCCCAAGAAGAAGGGCGGGCAAAUGUGUGGGUUUGCAUUUGUUACCAUGAAAAAACAGGCUGCUGCUGAAAGAGCAGUGAAGGAGUCUGUAGGAUUGAAGAUAGACGGCAGAGAAGUUGCAGUAGAUUUGGCCGUGGAGAAAUCCAAGUGGGAAGAAAUAAAGGAGGAUGAAGAAGAUCAAGAAGAUCAAGAUGAAGAUGAAGAUGAAGAUGUGGAAGAAGAAGAAGAUGACGAUGAAGAAAACGGCGAAGAUGAAGAUAAUAAGAACGAAGAUAAUGAUGACGAAGAAGAAAAUGCGGAAGAAGAAGAAGAAGAUUUCAACAACUUGAACGAAAUCAACUCUGAUGCUGAAGUUGAAGAAGAUCAAGAGGAGGAAGAAGAAGAAGAAGCUCCAAGAAAAAAAAAUAAUAGACAAGAACCAUAUGCCAUUUUCGUGCGUAACAUUCCAUACGAUGCUGACGAAGAUUCUCUUGAAGAACACUUCUCUAAGUUCGGACCUGUGAAGUAUGCUUUGCCUGUUAUCGAUAAAGAAACUGGUUUGGCCAGAGGUUCUGCAUUUGUUGCAUUCGUCAACGAAGAUGCAUACACAGACUGUUUGUCAAAUGCUCCAUCUUCAGCUUCUACUUCAAUGUUGAUCGCUGAUGAUGUUUCUCCAGCAUAUGUUUACCAAGGUCGUAUCUUGUCGAUUACCUCGGCAGUGGACAGACAGUCGGCAUCCAAAUUGGCAGAGAGGAACUCGGAAAAGAGAAAGGAGGUACUCGGUAAAGCUCCAGGUGAAAAGGACAAACGUAAUUUGUACUUGUUGAACGAAGGUAGAAUCACGUCGAACUCCAAGUUGGCUCAGUUUAUUUCCAAGACUGACAUGGAAAUGAGAGAAAAGUCAUACAAAUUGAGAGUUCAACAGUUGAACAAGAACCCUACAUUGCAUUUAUCAUUAACCAGAUUGGCUAUUAGAAAUCUUCCUAGAGCCAUGAACUCGAAAGCCUUGAAGGCUUUGGGUCGUAAAGCCGUUGUUCAAUUUGCUACUGAAGUCAAGGAAGAAAAGAGACAGCCUCUUUCUAAAGAAGAAGUCAACCGUUCGAUCAAACAUAAGCAAGAGCUUGGAGAAUUGGAACCAAAGGGAGCCACAGAAGAAGAUAAGAAAAAGUCAUCCAAACAUAAGGGUGUUGUAAAGCAAGCCAAGGUGAUCAUGGAAGUGAAAGGCUCCGGAGAUACAGGGAGAAGUAGAGGAUAUGGUUUCAUUGAAUUCAGAGACCACAAGGUUGCCUUGAUGGGUUUGAGAUGGUUGAAUGCUCAUGAAGUGACAGUUCCCGAGAUCUUGGAGGGUCUUGACGAGGACGAGAAGAAGUUGGCUCAACUCGAUGGAUUGAGCAAAAGAAACUUGAUUGUCGAAUUUGCUGUGGAAAAUGCCCAAGUUGUCAAGAGAAGAAGAGAUAAGGUAUUUCAUUCUCGUCAACACGACAAGAACGAUGAAGAGGGUAACAUGAACAAGGGACCAACGACUGAUGGUGAAAAGAAGGAGCACAAGUCGGGACUCUCUGACGAUAUCAAGAAGAUUAUUGGUCAAAAACGUAAGAGAAGAAAGGGAAAGAAUUGA